AUGACAAGCUUUCAGUGUGUCUAUAUUAACAACAGCUUUAUCGGUAUGUUCGGGAUUUCUUUCUGCGGUUUCACUGCUUGGAUUUCCUGCAGAGGUAUGUUAUUUCUAUCAAAAAUCUAUUAUCAGGGAACAAUGUUGUUCUGGUAUGGUCCUAUGUAUUUUGUGGCAUUUCCCAUUGUUGCCUUCUGUUUCUUGCCAAAACUUUAUAGCUUAAAGUUGACGAGUAUAUAUGAGUAUUUGGAUAUUCGAUUCAACUUUGCGUGUCGAUUUCUAGCUUCAAUUACCUUCUGCAUUCAAAUUUUGCUUUACAUUAGCGUGGCUUUGUAUGCACCAGCACUCGCACUCUCGACCAUUAUUUCUAUUCCGCUUACAGUAUCAAUUAUUCUUACAGCAUGUUUAGCUGCACUCUACGUGAUAUUGGGUGGUGCAAAGGCAAGCAUUUAUACUUCGGCUUUACAAAUGAUAUUGAUAAUAACAAGCAUGAUAGUAAUUUUUUCUGUCAGUCUUCAUCAAUCAGGGCUUCAUGACGUCCUGAAAACUGCAGCUGCUGGUGGUCGCUUACAGUUGUUUGAUCUUCGAAUUGACCCACGUAUUCGACACUCUGUUUGGUCUUUAGUUAUUGGUGGUACAGGCAAUAUAUUGUGCCUUUUUGCAGCAAAUCAACUUACUGUACAGCGUUAUAUGGCAAUGGGUUCUCUUAGAUCUGCUCAAUGGGUUAUUAUACUCAACAUUCCUUUCAACUUCUUGAUUCUCAUGACAUACAUUGGUGCUGGAUUGGUUAUGUAUCGCAAAUAUUUUGGCUGCAAUCCCUUGCUGCAGUCUAAAGAUCAGCUUUUACCACGCUUUGUUAUUGAUGAAUUAUCAGUAAUACCUGGGCUCGUUGGAUUGUUUGCAGCUUCAGUAUAUAGCGCAAGUCUGAGUACACUUUCGGCCUCAUAUAGUGCUCUCACUGCUGUAUUUAUUGAGGAUGUGAUUAAGCAGUUUCGAAUUAAAAUACAAAAACUUGGACCAAUGAAACCGAAUAUUUGCAUCUUACUAGCACGGUAUUUACGUAUGUUUUUCAUGUUAUUUAAUUUGGUAUUGGAUUUGUUAUCAUUGUACCUAAAAGAUAUUUCUUUCAUGAUAUUUGGAAUUGCUGGUGGGCCUGUGUUGAGCGCGUUUUCUUUGGGUAUGUUCUGUCCACGAAUAAAAGGAAAAGCAGCAUUUACUGCUCAGCUAGUUUCAACUGUCUUCUGUAUUUUUGUUGCUGUUGGUGCUGUGGUAUCUCAUGUGAAACCUGUUGCCUUACCAGUUGAUAAUACAUGUGCAGAAAGUAGUUCUAAUAUGACAUUUAUCAGUAAAUCAGAAUAUGGAAUGGUGGAACCUUUGCACAGUGAUUCUUGGCUGAUUCAGCUUUUCCGUAUUUCUUAUCAGUAUUACAGUAUUUGCUCACUCGUGAUUGCUGUUGUAGUUGCACACGUUAUUCAAUUUUCUUCCGGUACUUUUUUUUGA